AUGCCGGUACAGACGCACCAGAUCAACUUGCAGGGGUUGUCCGGAGGAAUGUUCUGGGCGUCGUUGGCUGCAAUCCUCUUUGCUACCAUUGGCUUCUCAACAUGUGGAUGGGUUCACUAUUCGGAUACUUGGACUGGACUUUGGAGCAGUUACACGAGUAUAUCUAGAUCUAUAUUUGCCAAUUAUGGUUGGUUUCAGGGAGUCCAAGCCACUGCAACAUUAGGGAUAAUAUUUUUAUCUUUUGCCUUCAUUUUUAUUAUCCUCUACAACUUUGUUCACAACGUGUCCAUAAGCAAGUCUCUCGUCCUCAAGCUUAUUGUCGCUUGCUGCGUCAUCACAGUUAUCUCAAUCCUAGUGUCGGUGGCAUUGUUUGGAGUGAAAGCGGAAGGAUUUAAACUACAUUGGUCAUAUGCAUUUUUUUGUAUCGGCGGAAUAUUAACACUCUUCCUCCUGGUUCUGGCAUGCGUUCAAAUGAAGAGAGCAAGCAUUAUUUAAUGGAUUAUUCUCAAUUUGUCCUAUUUUUUAUUUAAUAAUAGUAAUAGCUGUUGACUAUCUCUUAUUUUAAUAUGUUAAUUAUAUUUUUAUAUGUCUAUUUAGUAUAUUGACACGAAUAUUUUUAUUACAGUCAUUUUCAAGCUUUGUGUUAUUGAUUGGUUUUCAAAAUAGUUCUUCAUCGUAAGUGACCAAAUUAAUAUAUUUUUAUUUGUACUACAAAUAUGUUGCACGCAUCGACAACGUAAGACUUCAUACGCUGAAUAGUAAAGUAUUAUUACAUUACAAAAUGCACCUGAAACCAUUUAUAUAUAAUCAAAGUGCAAGAACGAUCAGCCAUGAAUAGCAAGUCUGCUUAUUUAUUUAUGCCUUUUGAACUACUACAGGCUUCAUCGUUUAGCGAUCGUGUCUCACGCACAUGCAAUUUUCAUGAAUUUUUUAAAAAUGUUUUACUGUUUUGAUAAUAUUAUUGCUUAUUCUCAUGAAUUGAUGUGCUUUAUAUUGAAAAAAAAACUUUCAAUGGUGUUUUCUGCUAUAAGAUUUAUUUAUUUUUAGUACUAUAUGUGGUUAAUAACAAAUUCUUUAUUUGUUGAAGAUUUGCAAUAAUUUUUUAUUUACUAUUCUCCAAGCGUUCAUCGUGUAUUCUGCCUUUUUACAAACUUCGUGUUCACGUGCUUUUGACAACAUUUUUAAUAUUUCAGGCUUAAAUCUAAAUCAAUGUUUUCUGAAAAACUUUUAUGCUAAACAUUUUUCAUAAAUUAUGUGUUGUAUAAUAUGACGCAUUUAUAAUAAUAGACAUGGUAACAUUAAUUUAUCUUGAUUUAACCAAAAAAAGUAAUUUGAUUAAAAUUAAAUAAAACUUCCACUGAU